AUGGCGUCACUCUUCUUCUCCACCCCUGUCGACAUCGAUGUCGUCCUUGAAGACCUCGAUGAGCGCCAAACCGUCGACGUCAAGCUCGACAAGGGCCGCCGCGAGCGGGUCCCUCUGUACAUGGACGGCGAGUCCGUAAAGGGUGCCGUGACAAUCAGACCAAAGGAUGGCAAGCGGUUGGAGCAUACAGGCAUCAAGGUGCAAUUUAUUGGCACGAUUGAGAUGUUCUACGACCGAGGUAACCACUACGAAUUCCUUUCCCUGGUCCAGGAACUCGCCGCGCCUGGCGAGCUGCUGCACCCGCAGACUUUCCCUUUCAACUUCAAGAACGUCGAGAAGCAAUACGAAUCCUACAAUGGCAUCAACGUCAAGCUGCGCUACUUUGUUCGCGUGACUGUCUCACGGCGCAUGGCGGAUGUCGUCCGUGAGAAGGAUCUCUGGGUUUACUCGUACCGCAUGCCCCCAGAAAACAACAGCCCGAUCAAGAUGGAUGUUGGUAUCGAGGACUGCCUGCAUAUCGAAUUUGAAUACUCCAAAUCCAAGUAUCACCUCAAGGAUGUGAUUGUUGGUCGAAUUUAUUUCUUGCUCGUGCGGCUUAAGAUCAAACAUAUGGAGUUGUCUAUCAUUCGGCGGGAGACGACUGGAUCGCCGCCAAAUCAAUAUAACGAGAGUGAGACGUUGGUUCGCUUUGAGAUUAUGGACGGUUCGCCAUCGAGAGGCGAAACCAUUCCGAUCCGGUUGUUCCUUGGCGGCUUUGAUUUGACGCCCACUUUCCGAGAUGUCAACAAGAAGUACUCGACGAGGUACUACCUGAGCCUGGUGUUGAUCGAUGAAGACGCCCGUCGCUACUUCAAACAGUCCGAAAUUGCACUCUACCGCCAAGCCCCCGAGAUCGCGCCGAAUGCCCAAAUCGCCCAGCAGCAACAAAUCCAGCAACAGAUGCUGCUCGAGCAACAGCGUCAGCAGCCUGCUCUCCCACCUGGCUCUGCUACCGCCGGUCCUGGUAGAGAAGUCUCCACGCCUCUUCGGCAGGAGGCUCAACAGGCUCAGCAGGCUCAGCCUGUCCCCACGCCUACUGCAUAG